CCCGCGCAAACGCGCCAUUUUGAAAUUGCCUUAUUGCGAGAAAGAUGGUUCGAACACGAGGGGAUAAUAGUGCCAGAAGAGCUGUUGGAGCCAAAGCUCCUAGGAAGCAAGCAGCUUGUUCAUCAAGUAGUUCCAGUUCAAUCAUGGCCUCGCCGGGAUCAAAGGACAAAUACAGUGGAGGAAAUCCUGUGAGGUGGAUGCCAACACCAUCAUGGCAAAAAGGUAUUGGUGGUUUCUUGCAGAAAUGUAAUUCAGUAAAUUCACCAUGUGAUUCAAAAACAAAUGAACCAGAAGAUGGCACUACACCAAGUUCCUUAAACUCAACCUCAGACCAGGAACAAAUAUCGGAAAUUACCUCAUUAGAUUAGUCCCAGAGUUUGGAUCAGCCAGCAAUGAAAAUGGACAGUUGACUUUCAUACUACAAAUUACUAGCACUUAGUUAAUUACUUUUAAAAAAUUAUGUUUUUCUAGCAAUGUUGUUGCUAUAGUUUUCUAGGAAUGUUUACCUUAACUUGUAAAUAAUUGUAUAAUAAAUAUUUUUUACAAACCAUCAUCUGUACUCUUUGUAAACUUCUCAACAUCUAUUCAUCAGGUCAUUCUCCAAACCUCUGUUUACCAUCCUCUGCUUAUGGUCUUCUUCCAAAAUUAGGUUCCUUAGAAAAUUGCCAUCAAACAAAAACAUUAACUGUUGUUGCAAUGUUAAAAUAUUUCAUAUGCGCACAAUCAAAUAAGAUACAAUCCAAGCGGUCAUUCAAUUAUACUUGAAGUGUUUAUUCUCUAAUUGAAUUAUGAUAAAUUACAAAUUUUCAAAUGCACCAAUAACCUCCAUACAUUUCCAGCACAGG